GCCCUAUACGCGAUGCAGUAAUUGGUUCACCUUAUCUGAUAGACUUCUAAAAAAAAUGCUGAAUGUUAGAAAUGGAUGGCUUUAGUGUCAACACUGUUGCAGCUUUACAGGCGGCCAAAGGUUUGCCUUGUAACAUUAGCUUAAUGUUGCAAAAAGAUGGAUUUGAACCCAAAUCAUGAUGUUUUUCCUCAACUUAACCAAGUAAAUUUGCUGCCUGAAGGUAACCAAACAGCAAGAAAACUACACUUGUGUCACAAAGCAAAAUUAAAGUUAAAAAUAUUGGUCCCACAUUGGACAUGGAUGUCAGACUUCUUGGUGAAAGUCCUGUGACUUACGCCGCCACCAUCAAAUACAAUGUUCUUAUGCUGCUGGAAAACUCCUACACGUGUCAGAUAUUGACAUGUCUGGCCCCAACACCAGCAGAAACCUUGUGCAUGCCGCUUAGAUGCUGCCGAUUUUGACAAAAUGACAGUUUUUGACUCUCUGGUAAUGAAAAUGGAUGGUUGUGAGUGCAAGUGCAUACAGCAUGAACUUCUAAAGGCACUUUUCAUUGCUUUUUGUAGAGUUGAUGGACCAGAGAUAUAGAUCUGAUUCUUUUGUAUUCUUGUUUGUAUCUCUAUAUCCAGUAGGAGCUGCUCAGUUGUCUAAUAACACACUUUAACAACAUGAAACUAUAAUGAAACUCUGUCAGCUUCCUAUAAAUCUGCAGCUCUUGUUGACAGGAAGUUAGUACGAGUAUACAUACUGCAGCUCUGGACAGUAGUCUAUAAAAUAUGCUACGGGCUUCCUUUAGGGCUGCCCAUUAAAAAAACAUGCACGCUGUUCAGGCGUCUCAUGCAAAAACACUAUUUGCUUCAAUAAGUCAAAGACUUCCUCUGUCAGUGUGAUAAUUCCAACACUGUGUGCUUCAGCGCAACAUUCAAACCUGCUUCUAUUGAUCGUUACAUCGGCCCACAGAUCCAGCAGUGUUUUCUCUGAGCACACUGGUUAUCGGUGGAGCUCCCAAAGGGCUGCCAGGUUCUGAAACAUAAUCAGCAUUGUGCGUUUACCACAGUGCAGCGGAGACAGACGGCAGGGAUUCGGCUAAAGGUCUUGCAGCAGACUGAAGUGCAUGCUGGAUUGAUUUCACAGCAGCUCCAGAAAUCACUGAAGGCUGCGAUAACACCGAACUUGAGAGACUGAACAGCAGAGGAAGCAGGGAUUGCACCUGUUUUACAUAAAAUAUGGGCGAUUAAAGACAAACAAGAGCUUAUUAAACAGCAGGAAGGUGUUUAGUGGAAGCUGCAGGUCUGAUAAAAAAUUUGACGGAGGCUGAAGGUCUGAGUGUUUAAGUAGGAAAAGAUAAAGAUUGAAUGACUUCUUCAGGCCAGUAGAGGAUAGGAGUGGUUUGAUUUUCAAAGAUGCUUAUCGGCUGAACAAAAGCAGUCGUACUCAUCGUCUCCUCUACUGUUAGAGAUAAGCUUUGGAGACAGAAUGUGUAGCUGCUGGCCACGUAUUUAAAGAUAAUGCGCUCGGGCUCUUUUGAAUGAAUAAGAGGGACACUGGCGAGACCAAAAACAAUGAAAUGUGAAAUGUCACACGAACACACUAGGGUUGAUCUGCAACUGGGAGCUAAACUUUAGACAACAGCGAGAUUCUGCAGCCAUGUAAGGAUGUCUUUGUAUGGAGCUAAAUGAGGGCAACGGCUACAUCAGACCUGGCAACCCAUUUAUCCAACAAUGGUGAUGCCUGUUAGAAAGCCGCAUACCAACUCAUAGAACUUUAGAUUUGACAAAAGUCCGUCUUUGGUCUGAUCUCUGUGUAUCAAAGUUACAUUCAUGAAGUCCCUGAAUCUUUCUACGUCCAUCCUCCACUAUUUCCUGCAGGUCAAGCACACCAGCUCCCCUAUGACUCCAUUUACAAACUUUAAUACUACUCUGCACUACAAAAAGUUGUAGUAUUGAAGUGACCAUGUUGGAACUGGAUUCUGCAGAAUAUUCAUACAGAAAAUCCCACCCUUCAAGUCAUCAGGAUUGGUUCUUCAGGUUUGUUACUAGGGAUAAACUAAUUAUCAUGGCCAAUACUUGGCAAUUUUCCCAUUAUCUGUGUUUUUUUAUUGGCUUAUUAUUGCUAAUUUAAAUGCUAUUUCAGGUCUAAUGCAGCUUCGUCUUUGUCGUCACUCUGUGGUCUCAGAAAUGUCUGUCAAGCAGCAAAAACUGAACAAACACAAACCAGGACAUUAGCUUCUCUAACAGUGGCUAAGGCUAUGCUAACAGCUAGCAGCUAAGUUAGAAGGCAGCUACAGAUUAACCUGAACCAGAGUUUGGAAAACAAUAAUUAACAAAGCUUUAAGAUCUAGACCUUCGUGGGCAAUAAAAGUGACAGAACAGAGAAAUAUUAAUAAAACAGAACAGCAGACAGAACUACAGGAGACAAACUCAUCAAUCUCAGUUGAUCCCACAUAAACAAAGGCGAGUGUCCUAUUUAAUCACUCCUGUUUUUAUUUUACAUAUCCAGUUAUAGUCACCCUUAUUAAUGAAGAAACCUAGUUAUGAAUGACAGGUUCAAUACGAUCAUAUGCACUUAAAUAUUGCAUUUAUUGUAUAUCAGUCUCAAAUAUCGGUUGUCGGUCUUGCUUCAUUACCAAUAACUGGCAUCAGUAUCGGCCAUAAGUAAAAGACCCGUGUCAUAACAUAUGAAACUCUGUACCUCUGAAUCUGUGUUUUUGAGACUGUCUUCAGCAUUUAGUUUAAAAUGUGUCCUCUGGCAUAUGAAACCAUAUGAGCAUGUUAACAAGAUUAAAAAGAUCCACAGAGUUUCAGUUAUGACCUGUACUGCCACCUCAGUUUCUUUCAUGUGCUUUAAAGAGCAGCAGACUGAGCCCCUUAAAACCGUGCGGUCGAUCAAAGCUACAUCCAUGAGGUCCCGGCCUCUUUCUACAGCCACUCUCUGUUGUUUGCUGCAGCUCAGGCACACCAGCUCACCCGCUACUCUGCACUACAUAGGAUUGUAAUAUUGUCAGAACGUGUUCGACCUGGAUUCCAAAGAAGAAGAAUGAUGCAAAAAGCUCCACCUUGCCAGUUGACAGGAUUGGUUUAUGGCAUUUAUGGAAGUGCAGAAGUCUAAAUCUGUGUUUUUGAGAUUGUCACUGGUGCACUGCAGUUCUAAGGUGGUCAUUUCACUCAUAAUGUGCAUAGAAAAAACACCAGAUGUGCUUAUUAACAAGGGAAAAACUUGAUUUACAGUUAAAAUUCUGAGUGAGUUUCAUUUAGAUUUCUGCUUUCGUGAAGACAAUUUACAUUUAUGAAAUUUAUCAACUUGGAAUUACAUGUUGUUCCCUCAGUACACAUUUAACCUGCUAUACUCAUUUGAGUCAACCUGAACCAAUUAGGUUUCUCAUGAUGCUGUGCGUCUGACGUCAUGACGUCUCCGCCUUCUCCAGAAUGUUCUACAUGCAGUUGCGCCAUUUUCUCAACAGCAAAGGAUUACUACUUUUCCGUCGUCUCUGAAGGUAAGUCAAAGGUAAAAUAAAUCCUUUAAUAUGUUGUAUAUAAAAUGGCCCAACUGUAUUGGUAAAUUUGUUAAGUUUUUAGUAAACUGACCGACCCAAACCGGCUAUCUUUCAGUCCUGCGGACAUUAGCAAGUUUUACAUUAGCACAAUUUCAAUAUAGUUUGCUGGUUUUGUUAAAAAUCUAUUGUUAUAGAUUCAUGUUCAAUUCACUGAUGUGUGAUAUCGAGAAAAUGUAUACUCCAGUGAUACUUUAGCGGGUCAGUAAAUUAGCUGUACCCUGCUGCUGUGUUAGCUACCGCUAGCAUUCUGCUAGCGGGGCUUUCCUUGAGCUGUUCAUUAUCAGACCAAUUGGUAGUUUGAACUUGGACAGGUCAGUUAGUAGUUUGCGGGCGGGACUCUCUUGGUUUAGUAUCGUAGCUUAAUGUUGUGUAUUCAUGCAGCGUAUUGGCGUUGACUUAAGUGUAGUUAUUCUGUAACAUUAGCUCUUUAUAGCAGCAAGCUAGGCUCUCGUUUCUCUUGAGACGACUUCGGGCGCGCCCAUUUAUACAUGAGUGUUGGUUCGCAUGCCUGUCGGCGCGCGCAGUUCAUGCGGUCACGCUUUUGGAUUGUCCUCAUGGCCACAGGUAAUGUGGGAGGGAAGGUUGAUUAUGUUUUAACUGUGGUGCUUCCAGGAUGCGUGAAUUUACUGCCGCCUGCGUCGUUUUCAAUAUACUCAACGUUAAGAGGGAGAGGACAGAGGGUGCGUGCGGCGCACGUACACACCGAUCGGUUGUGGUGAGGGAGAGGGAGUAUAUGGUGUGCGGUGUCUCGGUGACAGGGCUGCUGUCGUAUUUACGCUGCACAUGGAGGCAGUAGUGAUGACUGUUUGCUGUGUGAAUUGUGUCCCAGCUUCGUGUUGUGCCAGCUCUGUCCCUCCGAAAAAAUAAAAGUAAUGUCAACAGUUACAAUUUGUGUUUUGUUUUUAGAUUAAUACAGAGUUCCAGAGGAUCACUGCUGUUCCUCUUGAGGAGAAGUUCGUGGCACAGUUAGACAUGCACUCAAGUCAGCUGAUCAAAGUCAUCCGUGCCAAAGGAGGAGCAACACGCCAAAAGACUUCAGAUAUCAUGGACACUUUGGACCAGACUGUGGACAUUAAUCUUCGGAGGGAAUGUGUGCUGAAAGCCCUCACCAUCUUCAUGGGAGAAGAUGUAAAUGACCUCAAGGAAUAUCUUGACUCUGGAACAGAUGAUACUCAGAGGGAGCUGGAGCAGCUCACCAUGGCAGUGUUUGUCAUUCGGAAGGAGGGGGAAGGACUUCAGGAGCCACCUGAAGACAUUGGCAUCGUCAUUGACGGCACGGAAGUACUGCAUGAACUGACUUCGGUUGCCUCAGCUUGUGCCAUUCUUUUAGGUUUGAUUUAUGCACUAAACCUAGCUUAUCCAAAACCCCUUCACUUCACUUUUGAAGUACUCCAAAAAAUCCUGAUGCAGCUUGAUCAGCAUAAGAUGUCCCCCAAAGUCUAUAAUCUGUAUAGCAAACUUCAAACCUCACAGUAAUGAUACACUACGAUGGAUUCCUCCUCUGGGCCAACAAAUGGCCUAGUGCCAUACUGUGAAAAAAUAAUGGUGUUUGCACAUAGUGCAUUUAAAAAACGUGUCUCUUUCUGUUGUUGGGCCUCAUUUUAAUGCUUGACGAGACUCAACAAAUGUUCCUGAAAACCACAAUUUGAAGUGCUUUUACACUGAUUUUGUCAUGGUUUGGCAGAAGUUUGUUUUCUCCAAACAUAUUUCCUUCUGUUUGUAGGGAAAGGUUGCAUUUCAAUUUGGUGUGUUCAGUUACACAACAAACAGUUGUGACCAUGUGUAACUGUGAUUUAAUACUCUCAUAGAAGUGUUCAUAUUUUUUCAUCCCCAUUAUUCAGUUAUAGUGUUCAGAUCCAUAAUAUUCACUUGCUUUAGUUGAUGAAAGAGGUUUCUGCAUAGUCUUGGCACGUUUUCAUAGUUCUGACAACACUGUAUGUGUUGAUAUUGUUAGGCAUAUUUGUGUAAUACUUUGAUGCACUAUUUUGCACUUUGCCAACAAAAUUACUUUGUGGUCUUACUAACAGUUGUGCAUUUUGUGCAUGUGUUUUAAAAAGGACAAACGUGCACUGUGUUGGCCCAAAAGCUGUGUUGGUGGCCGUGAA